AUGGCGAGCCAGGACAAGUCUUUCAACCUGUUUCAACCCCCAAUAAGAUGCUCCCUGGUCGUAAAAGACCUGCGAGAAGAUCCGGUAUACGACGCGCUAUCAUACACAUGGGGAGACCCUUGUACACUGUACAGCAGCGCAGACGAAAUCUCUCCACCUGAGGCCUGGUCGACGCGUGCUUUCGAUAUCCUCGUGAAUGAGAAGCCAGUGUCACUCGCGACCAAUUUAUACACGGCGCUACUUUCCUUCCAUUUCUUUUCAAGCCAGCCGCCAUCACGGACAGCCUCCCGCGACAUAUACCGCAAUCUACUCUGGAUCGACGCCCUCUGCAUCAACCAAAGCGAUGUGCAGGAGCGCAAUAGCCAGGUGCAGAUGAUGAGCCGCAUUUACAGGCAGUCGACUACCGUCUUUGUAUGGCUUGGCGGCGGAGACCGUUUUUCCAAGCAAGCAAUUCUGAACCUCGACCAACUUUUCAACGUCAAAUUAGGCAAGGCCAUGUUGGAAAGGAUGAAAUCGUUGGACAUCCUCAAGAAGGCGACCUACAAGGAAUUGGGACUUGCUCUUAUGAAUCGCGACUCAUGGAUCGGCAUCUACAUGUUUCUCAGCCGUGCUUGGUUCCAGCGGGCGUGGGUGGUCCAAGAGAUCGCCUUCGCGAAGAAUGCUGUUGCCCUCUGCGGGAUGAUACAGUUCAACAUGAGCAUGAUCAUUGGGUCAAGAGCGAACCCCUUUAGGCUGGAAGCCGACAAGCGUCGGUUAUCGCUCGUCAAGGUUUCUAGGAUCACGAGGCGAAUUGAGUUCGCCUCGUCAGAGUUGAAGGGUCUGGCCGAAUUCCUUCACGACAUCCCUGAGUCCAGCGUGGUUCCUUGUCCUCGAUCAAUGAACCUCGACGAUUGGGAGAAACUGAGCCCCAAAGCUAUGAACGAACAAAAGAAGUUGGGUCUCCACAUGAUAAUGGCCAUCUUGAUUCUGUUGUGUGAGACCGACAACCUGAUUAUGGAGGACACGGGGAAUUUUCAAGAACCUCUUGAUCGGUUCUUAAAUUAUGAGCAGGCAAGGGGAGAAGUUGGCCAGUACUACACCGAGCUGCAAAAGAUUCUUGGCCAGCAGGCUGUCGUCGAUGGGGAGAUCGAUUUUCCGCCAGAAUUCGUGCGUUUUGAGACUGUUCGGGCUAGCUCUGUUUGA